AUUUGAUUUGGUCUAAUAAACAUCGGUGAACCGAGUCCGAGGAUAGCUGUAAAUAGUUGAGAAAAAGACUCAAAUCAAAACACCCGGGAUUACUGUGACAGUGCAAGUGUGUGAGUGCUAAUCCGUGAAUAUACACAUAUACCCAAACGUAUACGCCAUGAAAACCUUCAUCCUAAUGUCCUGCCUGGCUCUGGCCGCGGCGCGCCCUGAAGCUGGCUACAACUACAACCGUCCCGGUGGCGGCGGUGGCAGCAUUGGCGGUGGUGGAUUCGGAGGCAGCUCCGGUGGCGGAUUCGGCGGCUCCAGUGGAGGCGGCGGCGGGUUCGGUGGCGGAUUCGGUGGCGGCUCAGGAGGCGGUGGCGGAUUCGGCGGCGGCGGCGGCGGCUUCGGUGGCGGAUCCGGCGGUGGUUUCGGAGGCGGCAUCGGCGGUGGAUUCGGAGGCGGCGGCGGCGGUGGCGGUACCACUUUGGUGCAGAAGCACAUCUAUGUGCACGUGCCACCACCAGAGCAGGAGGAAGUGCGUCAGCGACCCAACCUGCCCGUCGGCCAGGCCCAGAAGCACUACAAGAUCAUCUUCAUUAAGGCGCCAUCUCCACCCUCGUACCAGGCUCCAGUCAUCCCGCUGCAGCCCCAGAACGAAGAGAAGACCCUGGUCUACGUGCUGGUCAAGAAGCCCGAGGAUCAGCAAGACAUUGUCAUUCCCACGCCAGCACCCACGCAGCCCUCCAAGCCCGAAGUCUACUUCAUCAAGUACAAGACCCAAAAGGAGGGCGGCGGCGGCGGCGGCAUUGGAGGCGGCAUCGGUGGCGGCAUCGGUGGCGGCAUUGGCGGUGGCAUCGGCGGCGGCAUCGGCGGCGGCAACGGUGGAUUCACCCAGACCAACACUGGCAGCGGCUACACAACUGGCGGCGGUGAUGGCGGCUUCUCUGGCGGUGAUCUCUCAGGCGGUGGCAUCUCGGCGCCGUCGAGCAACUACGGCCCACCCGGCAAGUCUGGCCCCUAUUAAGCAGCAGCUCGGAAUAGAACUCACACCUCGAUCUAACUACAAUCGGACAAACAGACAAUCACACACUCGGUUCAAGCUGCUGACUAGUCCUGUCGUUGACGCGCUAACACUCAACUCUUCCCACACUCAACACUACAACUGCGACUUGACCCAAUACUCUGGACGAGAAGACGUACCCAGUAUCCGUUCCAGUCCCCAACCGAAUGGGCGCCUCUGUCGUCCGACACUUUUGUAUAUAAAAAUGUUUCCGACUUUCCACACUCACCAAGCAUCACUCGAGGCAUCACCAUUUUCAUCUCUUCC